UGUGCGGGUGCUGAAAUGGGUCUGGUGUGCUAGGUGGUGCGGUACAGUUCACCUCGUAGUCCCGCCGGCCGGGCUCGGUUGCCUCGCUCUCCGCCUUGUUGACUGGGAGAAGCUCUUCGGGCGGCGCGAGGCAGUGCUGCAGCAGAGCUGGCUUGUGCUUUGUUACCUAGCAGAGGCUUACCAAGCCAAGAUAGUAUCAAAAAUGCACAUUAAGUCAGUGAUUCUCGAGGGAUUUAAGUCUUAUGCCCAAAGGACUGAAGUCAAUGGUUUUGACCCUCUCUUCAAUGCUAUCACUGGUUUAAAUGGUAGUGGAAAAUCCAACAUAUUGGACUCCAUCUGCUUCCUCCUGGGCAUCUCCAACCUGUCUCAGGUACGAGCUUCUAAUUUACAAGAUUUGGUUUACAAAAAUGGACAGGCUGGCAUUACUAAAGCCUCAGUUUCAAUCACUUUUGAUAAUUCUGACAAAAAACAGAGUCCCUUAGGAUUUGAAGUUCAUGAUGAAAUCACAGUAACAAGACAGGUGGUUAUUGGUGGCAGAAAUAAAUAUUUAAUCAAUGGAGUAAAUGCAAACAAUACCAGAGUACAGGAUCUUUUCUGUUCUGUUGGCCUGAAUGUUAACAACCCUCACUUCUUGAUUAUGCAGGGCAGAAUUACAAAAGUAUUAAAUAUGAAACCUCCAGAGAUUUUGUCCAUGAUAGAAGAAGCAGCUGGAACCAGGAUGUAUGAGUACAAAAAAAUAGCUGCCCAGAAAACUAUUGAAAAAAAAGAAGCUAAGCUAAAAGAAAUUAAGACGAUACUUGAGGAAGAGAUUACUCCAACCAUUCAAAAAUUAAAAGAGGAAAGAUCUUCCUAUUUGGAGUACCAAAAAGUAAUGCGAGAAAUCGAGCAUUUGAGUCGCUUGUACAUUGCAUAUCAGUUUUUGCUGGCUGAAGAUACAAAGGAGCGCUCUGCUGAGGAGUUAAAGGAAAUGCAGGAUAAAGUAGUACAGCUGCAGGAAGAAAUAUCAGAGAAUGAUAAAAAGAUAAAGGCACUUAAUCAUGAAAUAGAAGAAUUGGAAAAAAGAAAAGAUAAGGAAAUUGGAGGCAUCCUGCGGUCAUUGGAAGAUGCACUUGCAGAAGCUCAGCGGGUGAACACAAAGUCUCAGAGUGCAUUUGACCUCAAGAAGAAAAAUCUGGCAAGUGAAGAAAGCAAGCGCCAAGAGCUGGAAAAGAGUAUGGCAGAGGACUCAAAAACUUUAGCAGCAAAGGAAAAAGAAGUUAAAAAGAUCACGGAUAGUCUGCACAGUCUUCAAGAAGCAGCUAAUAAAGAUGCGGAAGCCUUGACUGCCGCACAGCAGCAUUUCAACGCCGUUUCUGCCGGCUUGUCCAGCAGUGAGGAUGGGGCAGAAGCAACUCUGGCUGGACAGAUGAUGGCUUGUAAAAAUGACAUAAGUAAAGCUCAGACAGAGGCCAAACAGGCUCAAAUGAAAUUGAAACAUGCCCAACAAGAGUUAAAGAAUAAACAGGCAGAAGUUAAGAAGAUGGAUGGUGGCUACAGGAAGGAUCAAGAAGCAUUAGAAGCUGUCAAAAAAGUUAAAGAAAAACUUGAAACUGAAAUGAAGAAGCUAAAUUAUGAAGAAAAUAAGGAGGAAGGGCUUUUGGAAAAGCAUAGGCAGCUAUCUCGGGAUAUCAGCAGGCUGAAAGAAACAUAUGAAGCUCUCUUGGCCAGAUUUCCCAACCUUCGAUUUGCAUACAAGGAUCCAGAGAAGAACUGGAAUAGAAAUUGUGUGAAAGGACUUGUAGCUUCUCUUAUUAGUGUGAAAGAUAACUCUGCAGCCACAGCUUUAGAAUUGGUGGCUGGGGAACGACUCUACAAUGUUGUCGUGGAUACAGAGGUUACUGGUAAAAAGCUACUAGAAAAAGGAGAUUUGAAGCGCCGUUAUACAAUAAUUCCUCUCAAUAAAAUUUCAGCCAGAUGUAUUGCUCCAGAAACUCUGAGAAUUGCUCAGAAUCUUGUUGGUCCUAACAAUGUCCAUGUAGCUCUUUCCUUGGUUGAAUAUAAGCCAGAACUGCAGAAAGCAAUGGAAUUUGUCUUUGGAACAACAUUUGUAUGUGACAAUAUGGACAAUGCCAAAAAAGUAGCCUUUGAUAAAAGGAUAAUGACUAGAACUGUCACUCUUGGUGGUGAUGUAUUUGAUCCUCAUGGGACCUUGAGUGGAGGUGCUCGAUCCCAGGCAGCUUCUAUUUUAACCAAGUUUCAAGAACUCAAAGAUAUUCAGGAUAAGCUGAAAAUCAAAGAGAAUGAGCUACGGGCUCUAGAGGAGGAAUUAGCAGAUCUUAAAAACAUUGCUGAAAAGUAUCGCCAGCUAAAACAACAGUGGGAGGUGAAAGUAGAGGAGGCAGACUUACUGCAAAUCAAACUCCAGCAAAGCUCAUACCAUAAGCAACAAGAAGAAUUAGAUGCCCUUAAAAAAACUAUUGAGGAAAGUGAGGAGACCCUAAAGAACACAAAGGAAAUCCAAAAAAGAGCAGAAGAGAAAUAUGAGACAUUGGAGAAUAAAAUGAAAAAUGCAGAAGCUGAGCGAGAGAGAGAAUUGAAAGAUGCUCAGAAGAAACUAGAUUGUGCCAAAACCAAAGCAGAUGCAUCCAGCAAGAAGAUGAAAGAAAAACAACAGGAAGUGGAAGCUAUCACUCUGGAGCUAGAAGAGCUUAAGAGAGAGCACACAUCCAACAGACAGCAGCUGGAAGCUGUGACGGAAGCUAUUAAGUCCUAUGAAGGGCAGAUUGAAGUAAUGGCGGCUGAGGUUGCUAAAAAUAAGGAGUCAGUCAAUAAAGCUCAAGAAGAGUUGACCAAACAAAAAGAAGUGAUAGCAGCCCAGGACAAUAUAAUUAAAAGCAAAUGUGCAGAAGUGGCCAAGCAUAAGGAGCAGAACAAUGAUGCUCAACUCAAGCUCAAGGAGUUAGACCACAAAAUCAGCAAGCAUAAACGGGAAACAGAAGACGCUGCUGCAAAGGUUUCCAAAAUGCUGAAAGAUUAUGAUUGGAUUAAUGCGGAGAAACACCUCUUUGGCCAACCCAAUAGUGCCUAUGAUUUCAAAACUAACAACCCAAAAGAAGCUGGUCAGAGACUCCAGAAAUUGCAAGAAGUGAAAGAGAAACUAGGAAGAAAUGUUAAUAUGAGGGCUAUGAAUGUACUAACAGAAGCUGAAGAACGGUAUAAUGACCUUAUGAAGAAGAAGAGAAUUGUGGAAAAUGACAAAUCUAAAAUCCUUGCAACUAUAGAAGACCUUGACCAGAAGAAAAACCAGGCCCUUAAUAUUGCUUGGCAAAAGGUGAACAAGGACUUUGGGUCUAUAUUUUCUACACUUUUGCCUGGUGCCAAUGCUAUGCUUGCACCACCAGAAGGGCAAACAGUUUUGGAUGGUUUGGAAUUCAAGGUUGCCUUGGGAAAUACAUGGAAAGAAAACCUAACUGAGCUUAGUGGAGGUCAAAGGUCUUUAGUGGCUUUGUCAUUGAUACUGUCCAUGCUCCUCUUCAAACCUGCUCCAAUUUAUAUCUUGGAUGAGGUGGAUGCAGCUUUGGAUCUUUCUCAUACUCAGAAUAUAGGACAGAUGCUGCGUACACACUUCACUCAUUCUCAGUUCAUUGUGGUGUCCCUCAAAGAAGGUAUGUUCAACAAUGCAAAUGUCCUUUUCAAAACCAAGUUUGUGGAUGGUGUUUCUACAGUAGCCAGAUUCACUCAAAGUCAAAAUGGAAGAAUUCCAAAGGAGGCAAAAUCCAAGUCAAAAGGGCCCAAAUGAGCACGUGCCAGAAGCACACACUUCCUCCAUCGCCCUGACCUGCUUUUUAGUCACAAACGUUGGAGAACUUGAAAUCUAAUUUGUUUAUAAAAUAUUUAUGUUAUUUUGUUACUGAACUACUAUUUUCUUUUCCUUUGCAUUAUCACUUGUAUGUGAGCAUAGACUUCUUGUCUAAUGUGAAUAUGGUCCAAUUAUGUGAUGAUUAUAUCUGUUUUUUCUCAUGCAAGCUUUUUUUUUUUAAUGGAUACCUUGUUGGUGGCACAUUUUGUAUGCUAAAGUAAAAAUGCAAAGAAAUGGAUGAAAUUAUAGGAUAAAGCCUGCUGACAACUUUUAAUUAAUUUCUAAAGCAGUAUUAAUACAUUUUCUCUUGCUUGGGUAAGGGAGAUUAAGCAAGUAACUAGUCCAGCAGAGGAAAUAGAAAGCAAUUAUGCAUGCACUGAGCUAUUUGAGGCUACUUCCUUGGGGAAUGCAGUGCCAAAUACUCAGAUGGGAGACAGAUCUUAAAAAAUUUUCUCUUUAAUGAUGUUAGGUUAUCAAUUGUGUAUAUUUUAAUACUUGGUCUCUGCAAGCUUAAGGGUUUUUUUUUUUUUUUUUCUCUAAGCUCUUGAGUAUUUUAAUAGGAGCUUGGGAAGAAGUGUGGGUUUAUGUGUGAUAAUAUUUGGAAAAUAUUUUUGUCAGCCUUUUCAUAGUCCAAUCAGUAAUCUUUUGGUGAAUGUGGAUAUCGGACCCAGCAGACUAAAUUACAUUUCCUUAUUUAUAAGUGUAAUAAACAGAUAAAUAGAUCCCUGUUCUACCAAAGUAAUUUUGCUUCCCUGUCCAUAGGGAUGAAAUUCCCUUUGAAUGCCAGAAAUGAAGCUAUCACAUACCACAUAAAUGAAAUAUGCAAUUCUUAUUACCUGUAGGGAUAUUGCUACUUCAACACCUCAAACUCUGAAUGCUAACAGCUGUUAUGUUAUCUAAUCUGAUCUUGCAUAUGUUAUUUUGACUUCAUAUCCCUUCCUGUUACUUAAGUCUUAAUUUGUAGGUGUUAUCCUUCCACUGAUACAUGCUGGCACUUCCAGGCCCUGGCUUUAACAUUCCUCAUUUUUCAUAUCUGAGGAGAUAUACACAUACAUAUAUGUCACUUGAGUAAUUGGUACUCUGAGAUAGAUUGGAAAGGAUUUCUUCAGAAAUCUGUAUACUGUGGGAGGGAAGAGAGCCUGAGCUAUAAAUGCAGAGUUAUAGACAGCAUAAUUUACAGUGAACAGACUUAACAGUGUUUGUUUCCUUUCAAAGGUAUUGCAAACCGUUGGGUAAAACCACAUGUAACCACAUAGUCACCAAUACAGUAUCCUAAUUUGUUAGAGGUUAAUCAAUAACAACUGUUAAUUUUAAUAUUUCUGGUGAAGCUGCUAUAAAAUGCUACUUAAUUGCUGCUUUAGCCAGCUUUUAAAAAAAUAUUAUGUUGCACAUUUGCCUUCUGUACUGAUUUCCUCUCUUCUGCUGUAGAUUUUCUGUUUGGUGUACAUUUCCUGAUUUUGUCUGAUGUAUUUCACUACUUAAUGAAAAUUUUCAAGUAUACAUUACAUUUUUCUUAGUAAUGUUAUCACUAUUCUUUCAUUAGAAGAAAGCUGUUAAGGAAAUAGAAAUGUUUCACAUAUGGGCAAGAAAAUGAAUUAACUAGCGUCAAGCUUUUCAUAUGUAUCAAUGUUCUCACUUGUAUGAGUUUUCAUAUUGAAUCCUCAUGAUAACCUAGGAAGGCAAGUAGUUUCAUCAGCAUUAUAGUCAUCCAGGAAAUGGCAUAGCACAGUGAAGAAACUUGUAUACAGUAGAAACCCUUGAUGAUUGGCAGACCUUAGAGAUGGAUCAUGGCAGUAGCUUUCUAGAACCAGUGGAUGCUUGCUAUCAGAAGAGUUAGAUUUGGGGAUUUGCCAAAUUUUAAUAUAUUUCACAUAGGUUUUGUGUAUUAGCAUCUCUGAUCUGCAAAUCCUAAUGCUUCAGAAUCUGAGCCUUUUUGAACAUUAUGUCAGCACUCACGAACGUUCAGAUUUGGAUGUUCAGAGUCCUUUGCUGGCCACUUCAGCAUUUGCAUUUAUUGUACAAAGUAAAUUUAAUAAAUACUCCUGUUUUUUUUUAA